GUCACAUUGAAGAUCCUCUUUAAACAUUAUGCACCUCCUAUCACAAACUACUUUAUCGUUACUCGCAUGACUUAAAAUACAAGUAAACACUUUGGAUGUAGGCGAAAUAGCGUGCACUCUCUUUCGCUCGUAUUCAAAUUAGAAAGCAAGUGUGCGUCCUCGCCACCAGUGAAUUCUGCGAAUAUAUAUCACUUUUGCGAGAGAAAUACUUUUCUUCGUCGAGCUUACAUCUUGUCGCCAUUAGUUUUCGGUUCCCAAGGAUGUCAUCCUCGCACUAGUCGUUUGUCCAUGAUAACUUAUAAUUUAGAUAGAUUGGAUUACUGCCAUUUUUGCUAAAUAUCAGACACAGUCUUGAGGACGCAUAUGACAAGCUUGAGUUCACACUCGGCGUCAUUGACAACCACUUCAGAGACGGAUGACAAAACGACCAGUUCGUGUAGGUGUGGGAAAGCAAGAAAUGCAAACCAGUGAUUGAAGCUUAGUUGAUUAUAAAUAUAUGGAUGUAUGAUGAUGGAGGUCUCGUAAUAGCGUAUCGCUUAAGUUUUAUGGCGCCGUUGACACAUUUAAAAGGUUUAAAGAUGGAUAGUCAAAGCUUGGGCACCAGCAGAUGCCUACCUCAAAAAUAUACGAAGUCAACGCUGAAUGUGUCGAGCUAUUUCUUCGUCGGAUCUUCGUUAAUGGUUGGCCAUCUCGACUGCAGAUCCAUCGUACAAAUUUUUCUGGUUCUUCCUCGUCGAUUCAUUUAAGAAAAGUUGAAAGCAUCAUCUGGUUUACCCUCGACCCUGUUACUCAAGCUGGAAUGAUUUCAUAACGAUGACCAUUUUUAUGAUCUAGCAGGUUGCCAAUAAAACCAAAUACAAUUACGUGGACACCAAAAUGGAAUGAGCUAAACGUCUUGUGGUGCUGCAACUUAAAAGAAAUAGCAGAACGACGCCAGCAAACACCACUGUCGAUGCCAAAUGUGCAUUUUCUUUCAAUCCUUGUGAUCAAAUAAAACUUGAUGCUUAUCUGACAUAGCUCAUGCGUUUCUUUAUAAUCUGCGUCGACAUACCUGACUCAGUCGACUUGAAUUCUCGAACCAGUAUUUAGUUUUCGAUAUCGCUUGAUCUCUUUUUUGGAUUGUCUGAAAUUAGCACUGUGAUGCCUCAUCGAUCCACGAAUGCAAGUUCAGCAGCAAAUACACGCGUUUUGCCAUUCGAUUAGUAUUCAGCGCUGUUCCUGAGCAGAUGUCUUCGAUAACAACUGUCUGGAUUAACUUGGCUUCUGCGCGGACAGUGCCACCAGCAUUUGGAUUGCCCUUUGUUUGCCUCGAACUUACCUCCAAAGUACUAAGGAUUCAUAAUUUUAAAUAACAGAUUCAAUUGCUAAAGCAUUGCGGGCGUGUGCAGACGAAGGCUUCACGACGAGGCGUCACCUGUAGCUCGAAGCGCAAACGCAUUGAGCUGGUUAUAAUUGAACGAAAAUAUUGUUGGGCUGAAGCAACGCAUACUAAGAGCUCCAGUUUUUUUUGUAUUUUGAAAGGGUUCGUCUGCCUAUUGGACAACAUUUACACGGCAAAAUACGAAUAGCAUCAAGUCUGAAGUCGCAUUAUUUCGGAUCAGCGACUGAACAGCAGACACCUUGAAAAUGAAAAGAGUUUACUGUCACUCAUGAUUUGAUCGUGUAUUAUACGGUGGCAGCUAGUGAAUCGAAAGAUUCUUAGAGUACCUAACGCGGUUGCAGAUACACUAUUAGGGUUGUCCUUUCGAUAUUUUUCUCCGCAGGUGAGUUACUUAAAAAUUUAAAAUUUUGCCAGCAGGAUAAACCACAUGUAUUGGCUUUGCCAGUCGCGAAUACCUGAAUUGAUUUCAUAAAAAGCAAAUUGCUUACUUGUUCAUUAUCGAUUAUAAAAAUAAAUCAUAGCAACUUUUGGUAAUAAAGCUGAUAAUCCUCUGGUUCUGAGUAACUUUAAAAUACCAUUUCAUCAGCAUGGCCUACAAUGUGCGAGGCAAUGGCUUGAGGUCGCGUCGUAAGCUUUCUUGACAUUUUCAAAUUGAUUGCCAC